UGAAUAGUGCAGCCCUGACGUAAUUUCUUGCGAUGUGAUCGCCUCCAUUACAGGAAAAACACCAGGAACGGGGAAGUCAAAACACUAACCUAGCUACAUUUAGGUUGAAAAGAGACAUUCUCCCAAAUGCGUAUCUGAAGACUCCUGUAAUGUUUGACAUAGAGACUAGAAUCGACUACUGUUGGGAGGGAACCAAAAUGGAUAUUUUUAAUUUUGCUUCUGGCCAGUCACUUUCAUGAAUCAAAGUUUGGGAAGACAGGUUUCCCCUCUUGCACAGGGACAGGGUAGCCUGUGCCAAGGCUUUGCUCGCUCCCGCGGCUCUGCUCCCUUAGAAUGAAACAUGGGCGAAGAUGCAGCCAACUGCCCCGUCACACUUAUCAUCCGGUCACCCAACCAGAGAUACGAUGACCAGACUAUCAACUGCUUUUUGAACUGGACAGUGGAGAAACUGAAGAAACACAUCUCUAAUGUGUAUCCAAGCAAGCCGUUGUCCAAAGAUCAGAGGCUUGUCUACUCUGGGAGGCUUCUGCAGGACCAUCAGCAGUUAAGGGAUGUGCUCAGAAAGCAGGAUGAGUGUCACAUGGUGCACCUGGUGUGUGCGCCUUGCAGCACUUCAGCCUCCCCUGCUUACUCCAGUGAUCCUGGCAGCACCCUGCUCAACUCUGAUCCCAGUUCUGCUAAUGCAGACACUGUUGACCCCUCCCCCUCAGGGGUUUCUGCAUCCAGUCAGGACAUCCCCAACACCUCCUUCACAGGAAGCUCAGUUGGCCUGCGGCAUCGAGGACAUCCUACACAUGUUCACGAUUUAAGCUCUGAGCACCUUGGCACAGUGCAGUGGUCUGAGGGAACUUCAUUGCCUACAAUGGCAGCACCCCCUGCUGGUGUCCCAGCACAACCCAUGUACACACCUAUGCAGAUGCUCUGGUGGCAGCAGAUGUAUGCCCGCCAUUAUUAUAUGCAAUAUCAAGCAGCGAUGGCUGCCUCCCAGGCCUCUGUCAUGGCUCCACCCUCCUCUUUCAGUGCGGGUCCUUUAUCUGAUCCAGCCCCGCCCAAUGAACCUGCAGCCCCUAUGGGGCCUAACCCUGCCCCAAACCCUGCAGCCGAGGAGCGCCCAGCCAAUCGCAACCUGCAGAUGAACGCUCAGGGAGGUGCCAUGCUUAACGAGGAUGAGCUGAACCAUGAUUGGCUGGAUUGGCUGUACACGGUGUCACGUGCUGCUAUCCUCCUCAGCAUUGUCUACUUUUAUUCCUCCUUCGGACGCUUUGUCAUGGUGAUUGGUGCCAUGCUGCUUGUCUACCUGCACCAGGCUGGAUGGUUUCCAUUCAGAGCAGAGGUGCAGAACCCUGCAGCAGGAGAAGGCCCUCCAGCUGAGGCUGAACAGCACCAUGACAUGCAGGAAAUGGAACGUAUUAUGGAUGAUGGGAUGGAGGAAGAGGAUGCUGACAAUGGGGAAGGUGGUCCUGAGGAUGCAGAGCCCGCCCAGCCAGGAUUCCUCGCAUCUACCUGGUCCUUCAUCAGCACCUUCUUCACCUCACUGGUGCCAGAGGGCCCACACCGCGCUGCCAACUAAACCCCAACAGGCCAGAAAAACAAACACAGUUAAACCGAACACCACUGCCCAUUUUCAGCAGAUCGUAUGAAAUGGCACACAGACAAAACAAUAAACUUGAAAAGGACAUCAUAGAUAAUGUGUGUGCCACGAGCAGUAAUGCUGCUUCAGUUUCUUUCCUGUGCCACCUUAGUUCAGUUUUUCAUUCUAAUCAUGAAAAAGAUCAAGAAAUAAAUCAAAUUUGUCUUCCCUGUUACAUUACAAGAGUUUGAAAGUGUUAGAAGACAACACAAGAAAAACUAUAUAACUGCUUUAGAAAAACUAAACUAUAUAACGGCUUUGGUUCUCCAUUUCCACAGAGUGUAAAUAAAUAGUAAAUAUUUACAGAUAUGAAUAUUUGCAUCUCAUUUAAGUAAGGUGUGUUUUUAAAUAAAAAGAUGUGGAUUAACAGUGUGA